GUGGACUUGUUGGGCUGAAGGGCCUGUUUCCACACUGUAAUGUAAUCUAAUCUAAUCUUUUCAAUCGUCCAGGUUAAGUCAGUUUGUCCACAUAGUUCCACAAAGUGAAUCAAAUAAAUGUACCGAUCCAUAUAAUUAAUCCAAAGCACCACUAGAUAUCUUAGAGACUACUGGAUCCCAAGCUCUCUCAGUCUCUUCUUGAUGCCAUCGUAGGACUUCCCUUUCCAAAUCACUGCCGCUGAAAUGUCUUGGAAAAACACGACUCUGGAGCCUUCGUACACCAACACCCUCUGAUCCUUCCCUUGGGCUCUUGAAGCUUCCAUGACACUCAGCUUGUCUUUCUAAUAAUGGAACCAUGUCAGGAGAGGGCAAGGGCGCUGGUACAUUCCUGGCCUUUGUGCUGUGAUCCUGUGGGCUCUCUAAAUCUUUAUCCUUCCCUUACAGCCUCCAAACAAUGGAAUUCUGGGAACCACUUCUUAAAGAAUUCCACUGGCUGCUCACCUUCUGUCCCCUCUAGCAUGCCAAUAACACGAAGAUUCUUUCUUCUGCCCCUGUUCUCAAGGUCAUCUACCAGAUCCAGCAAACCACGGACCUAUGCUUCCAGGGCAUCAAUCCGACUCUUGGAUGUGUCAGCCUCUGCCUCCACCCUUGUGGCCCAGCGCUCAAGCUCAUCAGUCCUUUUCCCCAAGUUUUGCAGCAUAGCAGAGACCAGGACCAGCUUUUGGACCUCGCAAGAUUUGGCAAGCUCCUCAACCAACACCUGAAUCAUUACCUUGACUCAGGCAUGUACGGAGGGUUCUUAUUCCCAGAACCCCUAAAUUCUGAGCCGUAUGUGGCAACCUGGUGGAAGCAGUUGCUAGCAGGAGCGAUGGCAGGAGCAGUGUCCCGUACCUCAACUGCCCCACUUGACCGACUCAAAAUCUACAUUCAGGUGUACGCUGCAAAACAGCAUCUGAACCUGGUCAGCAGCUGGAAGGCAAUGGUGGAAGAAGGUGGCUACCUCUCACUCUGGAGAGGAAAUGGAAUGAAUGUGACAAAGAUAGCACCAGAGACUGGCAUCAAGUUUCUGGCUUAUGAUCAGUAUAAGAAGUUUUUUGAUGAAAGCCACUCCAAGCUAGAUAUCCAUCAACGCUUUUUAGCAGGAUCGCUCGCUGGGGUUACUGCUCAGACUAUCGUCUAUCCAAUGGAGGUACUGAAGACAAGACUUGCAUUGGGGCACACGGGCGAGUACAAGGGCAUCAUGGACUGUGCAAGGAUCCUUAUCAAAAAUGAAGGCAUCUCUGCCCUUUAUGUAGGAUACAUUCCAAACCUUCUGGGCAUCAUUCCUUAUGCUGGGAUUGAGCUUACUGUAUAUGAAAGUGUGAAGAAAGCCUACUGCCAGAGAUACGGCCAAAACCCAAGUGACCCUGGAAUCAUUGUUCAUCUUGGCUGUGGCACCAUCUCUAGCACCUGUGGUCAGCUGGGCAGUUAUCCUCUGGCACUUGUGAGGACCAAAAUGCAAGCACAUGCCAUUGUUGGAGGUGGGCCACAUGUGAGCAUGCACCAGCACUUCUCCAACAUCAUACGAGAAGAAGGCUUAUUCGGUCUUUAUCGAGGAUUCACGCCUAACUGCAUGAAAGUGGUCCCUGCUGUAAGCAUCAGCUUUGUUGUUUAUGAGGAAAUGAAAAAUCUCCUUGGCCUCACCUCCUAUUAACAGCCAUGAAAAGCCAAAACAUUUAAUUCACUCUUCCCCUCCUUCUCUUCAAUCCUGAACCAGAAAAGCAGGACCUGAUGGAAUGGAGAUAUUAUUAGCAGAUGUGAUGAGCAGAAACUCUAGUGGAAAUCUAGUAGAGCUAUCCAGUGCACCCAUAGUCUGCUUAGUGGCAAGCAGACCACUAGCCCUUAGCCAAAAGCCAUUUGCAGACUAAUUAGUAGCUUCCAGAACUGACCCAAAUACUCUCCAGAAACUAAAUCAUUCACUAAAGGCCAGCAACCAAACAAUGCUGUCCAGCAAAGGCCAGCACACCAAUCAGAAAGUACACAAGGGACCAAUCCCAUGAGCAGAAAUCUUCCAAACACUACUUUAACCAAGGCCAGCUUACCAACCAGCUCAGCCACCAGAGCCUAUUUCAUCACAAAGGCAAUUGACCAGAGAACAGGUCACUAGCUCGCCGUUCCAUCAAAGGCCACUGUUACAACUUCUCAAUUCAUCAAAGAACAACUUGCCAACUACCCAAUCCACCAGAACGAACUGGGCAAUUCACCAGAAACUAAUUAGAAAACGAGCCAAGUUACCAGAAACCAGCUCACCAACAAACCAAUCCACCAGCGACCAGCUCAACAACCAGCCAAUGCACUAACGACAAUUCGCCAAUGAGUCAAUUCAUCAGAGACAGGCGUACCAACUAGGUAAUCCAACAAAAACCACUAAGCCAGCAGAGAUCAAUUCACCAAAGUUAUUUCAUCAAAGACCAUCUCUACAACCUUCUAAUCUAUCAGAGUAUAUCUCAUUAACCAUUUACUCCAAUGGAGGCAGCUCACAAACCAACCAACUGCUUGAACAGAAACAGUUGAUGUAUACUUUGUUCCACAACUCCGGACGACACAAGUUUCUGUACAAUGGUAUUUGCUUUAUUAUCGGACAGCCAACGAGAGAUUCAAAAUGUCCCCAAAGUAGCCGUGUCUACUUGUGGUGACACUUCUCCAUAAAUCUCUGCCCUACUCACAAAGACAGUAUUUUUAUAGAGAUUAAACAAAAGGUUUAUCAGUCACAUGGUCGAUUGUCAUUACGAUUAUGAAUUAUGAAUUUACAAAACCUGAUAAAUGUUGAUGUCCUGUGAUAACUUGUGAUUGGAUUACAGAAAUCGAUUAUCAUAUUCUUCAUGAUCAUGUGUUGAUGGGAAUAGAUUAAAACAGAAGGAUUUUGCCUGUUCUCAUUGGGGGAUUCACAAACCUAUGCUAAUCUGGAGAGGAAGUAAAACAGUGGGCGCAGGGGGCAGUUUAACAGGGUUGUGGCCAAGGCUAUCAGUCUUGUCUGGGAAGGGCAAAUACUUGUGUCUGAUGCUACAGGAGAAUUCACAUCGGUGGCUCCACAAGGCUGCAUUCCUGAGGUAGAGUCAGCCUCCCCCCUUACUAAGAUGUUCUGUCUGUAUUGUUAUCAGUUGAUUCUGCAGUAAGUCCUUUGGUAGUGGAAUGUUUAACCCUCGAGUCCCUAAUUUGUCCUAAAAGAGAAGCAAAGCCUGGAACUGACCCCCCCGUGGCAUUUUAAUUUCCUCAUUCCCUCCUUUUGAUCAUUUGAUGAUCAACCAGGUCUCCUCAGAGUCUAUUGUGAAAACAUCUGGACAACAGUGGCCACAGCCACCGAAGCACUAGAAUGCAGGAUAUCACAAUUAGUAUUGUAAUUCCGAUAUGCAGGCCUCCCAAUCCUCCAAGAAUGCCCCCUAGUGACCACCCUCCCUUGCCAUCGCUGAAACCUUUGUCGAUAGUUUGGAGAAACUGAAUUUCCUGUGUGAUGUGUUUAAAGAGGUCAGUGAUGUUAGUGGACUCAUUAGGAAUGUAGGUGCAGCACAACAUACCCCAUGGAGCAUGAUCCCUAAAGGGGUUGGCUUUCAACCCUUGUAAGCUGUCAGGGUGGAAACAGCACACCACCCCACAGCCUGGGAGCAGGAUUAUUCCAGAGGUGGCCUGUGGUUCUGUUGUGGAUGCCAGACCAAUCAAAUAUAAAGUACACAUAUUCUGUUAAGUUCGCAUAGGUUUGACCCAGGGAUGGUAGAGGAGCAUUCACUCAUUCCCACAUAAGUGCCUUUGGUGGGCUUCCCUUCCUGCCUGAAACAAAUGGUGUAGUUGAUGGUAUUGUUGAGAACAACAAGGGAGGGGGCCUACACAAUUGGUUGUAAUUAGGGUGAUACCAGCCCUUAAAUGAAGUCAGAUUAUACCCUGCCGACUGCUACUCUCCUGUGUCAUCGGUGUGAGAAAUGUCACCGGAAAUGCUUCAACGCCGUGGCCAUUCGGCCAGUUCGUGCCAGCGAAAAGGUAUGGGUCACAAAGGGAUUCCUCCCACCAAGUGGGGGGAGGCAUGUGGGCACAUACUCAGCAGUGGAUGUGUCUUCCCAUUAUGUGGGUUGUCUGAUAGGCUAGGUGCAAAAAGGUAUUAUGCUGAGGGCUGUGAGUCUGGAAUCCAUCUAUUCUCAAGGCCCCCCUCUCCCAAAGUCACCAAGGUCACAAGUAUGGAAAACAUCCUUGUCCUUAGUUGUUGUCUGUUUCUGCACUGACUCUUUUGCAGUCGGUUCUGUGUAACCACCGAAGAUGGCCUUGUACUUUCACAGCCGUGAGAAUUAUUAGCAGCACUUCCCAUCUUGGUCCUAGGCUCUUUCAUUCCCAGUCCUGGCUCAGCAGUGGGAUAGUCUCCUUCAGGCAGACUGUCACUUUCUCUGUAAGCCUGGCAUACCUGCAAAUGAAAAACUUUGGAAAGAUUUGGUUAGCCCCUGUAGGUACACCCUCACCUCCCCUCUCGGGGUGUUCAUAUCUAGUCUCCUUGGGACGGGGUGGGGUCAGACUAUCCCUGGUCCCCAUGGGGUCCUCAUGAGCUUCCCGUAAACCACCUCAGCAGGAGACUGACUGGUUUUGCGUGAAGGGAUAACCCUCAUGUGGAACAGGGCCAAGGGUAGGACCUUCAACCAACUGAGGCCUGUUUCUUGUUUUGGCUUUGUCAGCUUAUUUUUUGAGGGUACCAUUUGCUCAUUCCACCACUCCAGCUGCUUUUGGGUGGAGAGUGCAGUAGAAUUGUUGUUUUAUUGCUAGUUCCCUGCAAAUCUCCUGGUUAAUCUUAGCCCUAAACUGUGGCCCAUUGCCUGAGCUUAUUGUCUCUGGGAGUCCAUAGUGGGGAAUUAUUUCCCUCAACAAUAUUUUUACCACUGUUGCAGCCGUGUUAUCCCUUGUCAGGAUUGCCUCAAUCCAUCCACUGAAGACAUCUACUAUUACCAAACAAUACUUAUAACAUUGUACCCUGGGUACCAGGCAAGAGAGUAGUCCCAAAACUGCAAGGCAUUCUUUUUCCAGCAUUUUCUUUUGCAGAUCAAGCAUGCUUUGGCUCGUUUCUCAGCCAUUGUUUUGGGAAUCAGGGUGCCGCCAGGUUUGUAGCAAAGUGCUGACUAUUCCCUCCUUGCCGAGGUGUGUACAGUUAUGUACAUAAUCCACCAAGAUUGGUAAAAGCAAAGAAGGAACACAGACCUGUCCCACAGUUUGUUAUGAACAUCAAGGGUGCACCCCAUCUAUGACCCACAGUCUGUGUUCCCCUGCAAAGGCGUCCCCUGUCAGCGACGUAUCUCACCAUGUUUGGCAUACCCAUCCUCCUAAUUUUUGUAACAAGGUGUUGCUAUGAGCCCAAUGGAACCAGGAAAGUGGGGCAUUAGGCUGCCGGGUUGGCGGCGGCAUCUACUAGUGCAUUGCCCUUGGAGUCAGUCAGUGGCACCAGUGUGAGCUAAAUAUUUGAUCACCACUGGGCUGAAUCAUACUGUGAGGCCUGCAAAAGAUUAUGCACAAAAACAGCAUUACUAAUGGGUUGCCCCAUGGAGGUUAAAAUCCCCUAUGCUCCCAUGAGGCUCCGUGGUCGUGGGCAAUGCUGAAAGCAUAGCAAGAGUCCCUUAAAUAUUGGCUGAACUCCCUUCUGCCAGGAUGCAAGCCUGAGUGAGGGCAAACAAUUCAGCCUUUUGUGCUGACUGGAGUAUCAAAACCUGCACAUUCAACCACUUCAGAAUCCAUAGUAAUUGCGUAUCCAGAGCAUCGCUAACCUAUGGGUGAAAUAAAGGAGCUGCCAUCCACAUAAAAAGUGAAGUCUGCAUGUUCAAGUGGCAGGUCAGUGGUAUUCCUGUCCCAAUGAAAUUCAUCAAUACUGGCUGAAGGUGCAUUAUGAUCGUAGGGCAGCUGAACAAACUCAAUUUUUGUAUGACCUUUAGAGUGCAAUUUGGAGUCAUUCUGGCCAUCCCAGUAAUAAUUAAGAGUUUUAUUAAGAGUUUUCAAUAUAAACUGGAAAUCCAUUUAAUCAAAAUCCAGUGCUAUAAUGUAGAAUGUGCAGUUUUCAACUGAACUCCAAUAUAAUUACCUGGUUCUAGUCUUUCAAUUUAAAUCCUCAAUUUGUUUUUUUUCAAGCAGUUCUGAUCAAUCAUUGCUCAUUUAUAAUGUCCUAGGCUGUGAAAUGACUGUGGCAGCAUUAAUAAAAGUCUUGUCAAGAUGCCUCAUAUACACAAAUAAUGACUAACCCAAAGACAAAGAUAUUUACAACAGUAUCUUAACCUUUGUUACAUGAUUUUUUUUUGCAAGAUAAUGUUGAACUGACACUUCAGUUCUCAGUGAGGAAGGGACAUUGAAAGAGAAUAAAGCUACGAAUGGCACUCCAUACUGACAAAGGAGAUGCAGCAGUCUGAAAAUUAAGUAGAGGUAAACGAGUCUGUAACAAAGAUUCAAUUUAACCAGUAUCAUUUUCUGAAAACAAUAUCCAGAUCCACAUUUACACCCUGUUUUACGAUUUUUUAAUUAAACUAUAUAAAGUUCACUGUAAUUCCUCCACUUAAUGAACAAAUGUUAAAGUCCGAGGAGAUUUUUUCAUUAAGGAAUAAGCAGAUAAGCUUCACAAAUCACCAUCACUUUCCAUCCGGACACUAGAACCCUGUUGACUACUGACACAACUAACUUGUAGCCCACUGUUGUGAAUUGUAACAGCCUCCCCCUGUGUGGCCGGGAGGGACCAAAGCAGCGACCUGGUCCACCUGGUCAGAUUGCUCAGCACUGACGGUAACUUUGGGAGUACUGAGGGGAAUAGGGAUGGUGGAAGAGCCUCCCGAAAGGACCCUCAGGAUGCGCUCUGCAAUCUCUUUAAUUUUAGGGAACUGAUGGCCCAUAACCACCUUCCCAAACACAUCCAGGCUUUGGAUCGCAUGGAUCCUGCCCUACUACUACAACAACACACCCUCUAUAUUUCCUCUCCCCCCACCUUACUCUUGCAACAGGGCACUUCUGUGACCUCUGUGAGAUGGCAGACCAACCCUUCUCAGUGAGACAAGACUUAUUUGUCCCCAGGGGCAGCCUUUCUUUGGUAUUUUAGAAUUCAGCCCAGCAUUCUGUAAUCAAACAAACCAGAACAAAACAACAAAACAAAACCCAAACAGACAGGAUUAAACACUGACACCCUGGUCAAUUGUUUUAAUGCAAUCACAAUUAAAAGUGCUAGACCAUAGUUUUGGAAUCAAUUCACCAUUCAAAUGAAAGCUUUCACCACACAUACCAUCACAAUCACUCAAAAAUUCAAACUGGAUAUCCUAAGUUUAAUUUGCAUAUGAAAACUUAGCAAAAUGACCAAUCUCUCAGAGAGGCCUACAGUCCCAAUAACCAUUUUCCUGAUCAGGUAUUUUUUCACAGAUUGUCCCCCUUCCCAAUUACAUAGAGAGACUGUUCCAUUUUGUCUUAUGGCUCCUUGCUGUGCUAUAAACAAUUUCCACUGGCCAUAUCAAUUCUGCGGGGUGAAAAAUUUACUGAGCCUGCCCUCUUUCCUUAUAAUAUAUUAAUUUCCACUGCCCAUAUCUGAAAGAGGCAGCUCCGUAAACCAAAGCCGUCAGGUAGUGAUGAACACUUCCCUGACCGGGGUCACCAGUCCAGACCUUUUUCCUACAGGAACAAUACAGAGUAGUCAAUGUCACCCCGCAGCAAUUCAGAGCAAUCUGAUAAAACUUACCCACCUUACAAGCUGGGUCAAGGUGGUACAUUCGACCUCUUCAUGGUACCAGUUCCACUGGGCGAGGGACAGAUUGUCUGGCUGAACACAAGCAGCAGUUUGGGGUAAAAUACCCAGGGGCGCCCUUACCACUCUGUUCUGUUCAAUUCAGACUUUCGUGUCAUUUACUCAGCCCAGUGAGACGCUCCCUAUGUUGAGAUCCGAAUCACGGCACCAAAUGUUGAUGUAUAUUUUGUUCCACAAAUUCUGACAACAGGAUUCUGUACAAUGGCAAAUGUUUUAUUAUCAGACAACCAGCAAGAGAUUCAAAAUGUUCCCAAAGUAGCCGUGUAUCUACUUGUGGUGACACUUCUCCACAAAUCCCUGCCCUACACACAGAGACAGCAUAUUUUAUAGGGAUUAAACAAAAGGCUUAUCAGUCACAUGAGCAAUUGUCGUAACAUAGUUUAAGAUAGGUAAUUAUGAAUUUACAAAACCCGAUGAAUGUCGAUGUCCUGUGAUAACUUGUGAUUGGAUUACAGAAAUUGAUUAUCAUAUUCUUCAUGAUCAUGUGUUGAUGGGAAUAGAUUAAAACAGAAGGAUUUUGCCUGUUCUCAAUGGGGGAUUCACAUACCUAUGCUAAUCUGGAGAGGAAGUAAGACAGUGGGAGCAGGAGGCAGAUAAAAAAGGGUUGUGGCCGAGGCUAUCAGUCUUGUCUAGGAAGGGCAAAUACCUCUGUCUGGGGCAACAGGGGGAAUCCACACGUGUGGCUCCACUAGGCUCCAUUUCUCAGCCUCCCCCCUUACUGAGAUGUUCUGUUUUUAUUGUUAUCAGUUGAUACUGCAGUAAGUCCUUUGGUAGUGGAAUGUUUAACCCUUGAGUCCUCAAUGUGUCCUGAAGCAGAAGUAAAGCAUGGAACUGACCACUCUGUGGCAUUUUAACUAAAUCACCAAGCCAACUAGUCAAUAUCAGAAACCAGUUUGCCAACCAGGCAAUUCCAUGGGAAACCAUGUAGUUAACUAACCAAUCCACUAGGAACUAGCUUGACAAAUAGUGAGUGCACCAGAAACCAGUUCGCCACAAGUUAAUCCACCUUAAAUCAGCUUGUCAACUUCCCCAGCUACUGAGACCCAGUCACCAAUUAGCCAUUUCCCCAUAGACCAUCUCUAGAACAUCUCAAUCCACAGUACAACUCACUAAUUAGAUAAUCCAGCAUAGGCCAAUUCAGCUCACCAAUCAGCCAAUCUUCCAGAGACCAAUUGGACAACUAACAAUUCAUCCAUAGGGCACCCCUAUAAAUCUCUUACAGAACAACUUGACAACUAGCCAAACUAUCAAAAAACAACUUGCCAACUGUUGAAAGUGUAAAAAAAGUUUACUUGAGAGUAAAGCCAUCAGUUAACUAAAUUUACCAAAAAGCCAAUCAGCCUCAGAUCAGACUGCCCAUUUGGAAGCCACUGAGUCAGCUGGCCAGCCCAUAAAACAUCCAUUUGACAAGUAGUCAAUGAACCAGCUAACUAGCCAAACCAUCAGAAGCCUCAGCCAACCAACUAAUUGAGAGAAUAGGUUGCCAAUUUGUCAAAAUAUCAGAGGCAUACUUGCCAAUCAGCCAAUCCUCUAGAGAUCACUAUGCCAAAUUACUACACAGAGACCCCUGCCUACCUAGCCUAUCCACCAGUGGUCAACUCAAGCUAGCCAAAUCACCAGAAACCAGCUCACCAAAUAAUGCCUUAACCAGAGACUUGUUUGCUAACUAGCUUCUUUCAUUCAUUUUUGGGACUUGGGUGUCGCUGGCUGGUCAGUAUUGACAGCCCAUGCCUAUUUGUCCUUGAGAAGGUGGUGGUGAGCUGCUUUCUUGAAUCGCUGCAGUCCACUUGC